AUGACUCCUGUCGGUAAACCUCCAGCUCCAUCACCACUCUACGAUCCAUUCGCAGGCAUUGUAUUCGAGGUGAACACUGUUGUUUAUUGGACUAAUCCCACAAACCUAAUUUGGCCACAAUCGGUACCUAUCUCGAUUCGUGCCACGAUUUUGAGGAAGUAUGAAAAAUGCGUUGUUUCUGCAUCUUCUCCUGUAUGUGUUAAUGAAGCACGGAGAAUUACCGAGGCGAAUGCCAGCGAGGUGGAAGACUGGUAUGAUAUCAUGUUAUUUAGUGGCGCUACAAGGUAUAGAGUCAGUGGCAGAGAGUUGAGUUGGCAUCCAGUAUCGGAAUGGUCAGAGAAAGGUCAAUAG